AUGAGCCCCCUCCUCCUCCUUCCUCUCCCUCCCUGCUCCCACGGAACGGAGGGUCUUAUGGUGGGACUUCACUCUCAGACCUCUCUGUGGUACUCUCACAGAACCCUACAGGGUUGGCCAUUGUCAGCUGGCCCCCAACAUAGAAGCUCUAAUCAGGAAGUUAUUGAACAUGGAUGGCCCUAAUUCUCACAGAUAUUCCCUCUUUAUCCCCUCACUCUUUUUUCUCUCUCCUCCUACACUGUGUAGGUUUAGAGUGGUGAAUCAGCCCACUGCAGAGCGGAGCCCCUCUCCUCACAUACAGAGCUGCCAGACAAGGUGUUCUCCAGGAGUGUUGUCCCCCACACCACUCUAUCCAGCCCCUAAAGGCUGAGAGGAUCAGAUAAUUACACAACAGGACAGACAUGAUCCACACUCCUCUGGACAGGAUAUCCUUUUAGUUUACAGUAAAUGAGGAGGGGAGGUGAUGAUGUCAGAGGACAGCUGUGGCCGAAUAUGCUGCAUCGGAAUGUACAGCUGCAACUGGAGGCACCCCAGUGAGAGGAAACAAAAAGUGAGUACUGUUCUGGACCCAGAUUUGUAUUGUUGUGUAGAAUAUACAGUCGUGGUCAAAGGUUUUGAGAAUGACACAAGUAUUGGUCUUCACAAAGUUCGCUGCUUCAGUGUUAUGAGAUAUUUUUGUCAGAUGUUACUAUGGUAUACUGAAGUAUAAUUACAAACAUUCCAUAAGUGUCAAAGGCUUUUAUUGACAAUUACAUUAAGUUUAUGCAAAGAGUCAAUAUUUGCAGUGUUGACCCUUCUUUUUCAAGACCUCUGCAAUCCGCCCUGGCAUGCUGUCAAUUAACUUCUGGGCCACAUCCUGACUGAUGGCAGCCCAUUCUUGCAUAAUUAAUGCUUGGAGUUAGUCAGAAUUUGUGGGUUUUUGUUUGUCCACCCGCCUCUUGAGGAUUGACCACAAGUUCUCAAUGGGAUUAAGGUCUGGGGAGUUUCCUGGCCAUGGACCCAAAAUGUCAAUGUUUUGUUCCCCGAGCCACUUAGUUAUCACUUUUGCCUUAUGGCAAGGUGCUCCAUCAUGCUGAAAAAGGCAUUGGUCGUCACCAAACUGUUAUUGGAUGGUUGGGAGAUGUGUUGGUACCAUUCUUUAUUCAUGGCUGUGUUCUUAGGCCAAAUUGUGAGUGAGCCCACUCCCUUGGCUGAGAAGCAACCCCACAGAUGAAUGGUCUCAGGAUGCUUUACUGUUGGCAUGACACAGGACUGAUGGUAGCGCUCACCUUGUCUUCUCCGGACAAGGUGUUUUCCGGAUGCCCCAAACAAUCGGAAAGGGGAUUCAUCAUAGAAAAUGACUUUACCCCAGGCCUCAGCAGUCCAAUCCCUGUACCUUUUGCAGAAUAUCAGUCUGUCCCUGAUGUUUUUCCUGGAGAGAAGAGGCUUCUUUGCUGCACUUCUUGACACCAGGCCAUCCUCCAAAAGUCUUCGCCUCACUGUGCGUGCAGAUGCACUCACACCUGCCUGCUGCCAUUCCUGAGCAAGCUCUGCACUGGUGGUGCCCCGAUCCCGCAGCUGAAUCAACUUUAGGAGACGGUCCUGGCGCUUGCUGGACUUUCUUGGGCGCCCUGACGCCUUCUUCACAACAAUUGAACCUCUCUCCUUGAAGUUCUUGAUGAUCCGAUAAAUGGUUGAUUUAGGUGCAAUCUUACUAGCAGCAAUAUCCUUGCCCGUGAAGCAAUGAUGACGGCACGUGUUUCCUUGCAGGUAACCAUGGUUAACAGAGGAAGAACAAUGAUUUCAAGCACCACCCUCCUUUUAAAGCUUCCAGUCUGUUAUUCUAACUCAAUCAGCAUGACAGAGUGAUCUCCAGCAUUGUCCUCGUCAACACUCUCACCUGUGUUAACGAGAUAAUCACUGACAUGAUGGCAGCUAGUCCUUUUGUGGCAGGGCUGAAAUGCAGUGGAAAUGGAUUAAGUUCAUUUUCAUGGCAAAGAGGGACAUUGCAAUUAAUUGCAAUUCUUCUGAUCACUCUUCAUGACAUUCUGGAGUAUAUGAAAAUUGCCAUCAUACUAACUGUAAGUCGCUCCGGAUAAGAGCGUCUGCCAAAUGACCAAAAUGCAAAUGCAAAUCAAAACUGAGGCAGCAGACUUUGUGAAAAUUAGUAUUUGUGUCAUUCUCAAAACUUUUGACCACGACUGUAGCUAUAGGACAUACAUUAAGACAAUUACAAUUUUUGGUACUAACUUCUCUUCAUUACCAUCAUUAUCCUCAAAUUUGGUUUAUAUACUGUAAUUCCAUGUAGUUGUUUUAGUGACUUUUCCUAGGUGAGUCAGAGUUACAAUUGGCCUACAAGGAAAUGUUGUAAUGGCUCAUCAUUGUCAUCCUCAUCUUCGUCAUCAUCAUCAUCCAGCAGCAGCAGUCACUGAGGCAUUGAGCUUAUACCUGCUCUACAGUUCAAUCUAACUUGACAAAAUCCUCAAAGUGAUUAUAACGGAUUAACAUUCCAUUGCACAGCAUUCAGUGGACGCAUGAGGAUUUUCCCCUUUAUAAACUCACUGUGAGUGUAUAAUAGGAAGCCUGUAUUCCCAGGCCAGUGAGAUGUGGAUGAAUGUUAUUGGAGAGGCAUCCAUACAUUCAGCCUGUUGUGUAAAUAAGAGCGGGAUAAUUGGGAGGAGGAAGAUUGUGGAGCAUGUGAAUGUGUGCUAGGAUUAAUUGCUGGACUGAACUCACAGGAUCCUACAGGCUGGGUAAAAGGUGAUCUGGGACAGGACUACAAAGGGGACAAACCAUUAGUGUCUAAGGGGAGGGGGGUUUCUGUUUGGACGCAAUUGAGGGUGGGUGGAUGGUGGAUGCUGGUGUGUUUGAUGACUGUAUUGAUUCCCCAUAAGUGUGGUGGCAUGGAACAGCAGGCGAAACCAAACAUGAAGAGGCGUUGGAGUGACUCAGACAGUCCUGGGGGAGCUAACCCCUGAGCCCCUUAGAAUCACCACAUGUACAGUGUACAUACACACACACACACACUCACACAAACACACACUUUUUGGGUCAACCAGCCAUACAAGAACACUCAGAGAAUAUGUAUUUCUAAACCAUAGCUAGGGGUUAUAUAUACAGUGCGUUCUGAAAGUAUUCAGACCCCUUGACUUUGUCCCCAUUUUGUUACGUUACAGCCUUAUUCUAAAACUGAUUAAAUAGUUUUGUUUCCUCAUCAAUCUACACACAAUACCCUAUAACGACAAAACAAAAACAGGUUUUUUAGAAAUUUUUGCAAAUUUAUAAAUAUUUUUUUACUGAAAUAUCACAUUUACAUAAGUACUCAGACCCUUUACUCAGUACUUUGUUGAAGCACCUUCGGCAGCGAUUACAGCCUCGAGUCCUCUUGGGUAUGACGCUACAAGCUUGGCACGCCUGUAUUUGGGGAGUUUCUCCCAUUCUUCUCUGCAGUUCCUCUCAAGCUCUAUCAGGUUGGAUGGGGAGCUUCGCUGCACAGCUAUUUUCAGGUCUCUCCAGAGAUGUUUGAUUCGGUUCAAGUCCGGGCUCUGGCUGGGCCACUCAAGGACAUUCAGAGACUUGUCCCGAAGCCGCUCCUGCGUUGUCUUGGCUGAGUGCUUAGGGUCGUUGUCCUGUUGGAAGGUGAACCUGUUUUUGUUUUGUCAUUAUGGGGUAUUGUGUAGAUUGAUGGGGAAAUGUUUUUAUUUAAUCUAUUUUAGAAUAAGGCUGUAAUAUAACAAAAUGUGGAAAAAGGGAAGGGGUCUGAAUACUUUCCGAAUGGAAAUUUAUUAAAAUUAAAAAACAGAAAUACUUUAUUUACAGUGAGGAAAAAAAUUAUUUAGUCAGCCACCAAUUGUGCAAGUUCUCCCACUUAAAAAGAUGAGAGAGGCCUGUAAUUUUCAUCAUAGGUACACGUCAACUAUGACAGACAAAAUUUACAAAUUAUGGUGGAAAAUAAGUAUUUGGUCAAUAACAAAAGUUUCUCAAUACUUUGUUAUAUACCCUUUGUUGGCAAUGACACAGGUCAAACGUUUUCUGUAAGUCUUCACAAGGUUUUCACACACUGUUGCUGGUAUUUUGGCCCAUUCCUCCAUGCAGAUCUCCUCUAGAGCAGUGAUGUUUUGGGGCUGUCGCUGGGCAACACGUACUUUCAACUCCCUCCAAAGAUUUUCUAUGGGGUUGAGAUCUGGAGACUGGCUAGGCCACUCCAGGACCUUGAAAUGCUUCUUACGAAGCCACUCCUUCGUUGCCCGGACGGUGUGUUUGGGAUCAUUGUCAUGCUGAAAGACCCAGCCACGUUUCAUCUUCAAUGCCCUUGCUGAUGGAAGGAGGUUUUCACUCAAAAUCUCACGAUACAUGGCCCCAUUCAUUCUUUCCUUUACACGGAUCAGUCGUCCUGGUCCCUUUGCAGAAAAACAGCCCCAAAGCAUGAUGUUUCCACCCCCAUGCUUCACAGUAGGUAUGGUGUUCUUUGGAUGCAACUCAGCAUUCUUUGUCCUCCAAACACGACGAGUUGAGUUUUUACCAAAAAGUUAUAUUUUGGUUUCAUCUGACCAUAUGACAUUCUCCCAAUCCUCUUCUGGAUCAUCCAAAUGCACUCUAGCAAACUUCAGACGGGCCUGGACAUGUACUGGCUUAAGCAGGGGGACACGUCUGGCACUGCAUGAUUUGAGUCCCUGGCGGCGUAGUGUGUUACUGAUGGUAGGCUUUGUUACUUUGGUCCCAGCUCUCUGCAGGUCAUUCACUAGGUCCCCCUGUGUGGUUCUGGGAUUUUUGCUCACCGUUCUUGUGAUCAUUUUGACCCCACGGGGUGAGAUCGAGGGAGAUUAUCAGUGGUCUUGUAUGUCUUCCAUUUCCUAAUAAUUGCUCCCACAGUUGAUUUCUUCAAACCUAGCUGCUUACCUAUUGCAGAUUCACUCUUCCCAGCCUGGUGCAGGUCUACAAUUUUGUUUCUGGUGUCCUUUGACAGCUCUUUGGUCUUGGCCAUAGUGGAGUUUGGAGUGUGACUGUUUGAGGUUGUGGACAGGUGUCUUUUAUACUGAUAACAAGUUCAAACAGGUGCCAUUAAUACAGGUAACGAGUGGAGGACAGAGGAGCCUCUUAAAGAAGAAGUUACAGGUCUGUGAGAGCCAGAAAUCUUGCUUGUUUGUAGGUGACCAAAUACUUAUUUUCCACCAUAAUUUGCAAAGAAAUUCAUAAAAAAAUCCUACAAUGUGAUUUUCUGGAAAAAAAAAUCUCAAUUUGUCUGUCAUAGUUGACGUGUACCUAUGAUGAAAAUUACAGGCCUCUCUCAUCUUUUUAAGUGGGAGAACUUGCACAAUUGGUGGCUGACUAAAUACUUUUUUCCCCCACUGUAUGUAAGUAUUAAGACCCUUUGCUAUGAGACUCAAAAUUUAGCUCAGGUGCAUCCUGUUUCCAUUGUUCAUCCUUGAGAUUCUUAACUCUCCUUGCUAUAGUGUUCCUGCUGCUGGUUGUCAGUCGUUACCGCUGUGUCCCUGCUCACUCUGUUCUGGAUGUACGUCUGUCUGAUGGCUUUCAAUGACCGCGAGGAUCUCAACUGGUGAGCUUGGUCAUACACUCUUGUGUUUGCACAUACAGCUGCCGAUACACACACACACACACACACACACACACACACACACACACACACACACACACACACACACACACACACGUUGACAGACUCUGUGAUCUACCCUCUAUUGUCCCCUACCAGGAAGGCCUUUUCCAUUCUUAAACUGUGGGUGAACUGGUUCAUGGUGCUGAUCAUUAUCUCUGCUGUACUGACCAUCUACUGCAUCCUAUUACUGGUGAGGGAGACAAUUCAUAUCCCUAUCAAUGUAUUUAUGUAGUUUACAUUCGCUGUGUUGUAAUAACUGUUUAAUUGCAGGUCUUUGCACUGGUCCAACUUGCCUUGAAAGAGCCUUUGGAUUUAUACUGUCUACAUAAGGUAUUAGGAACAUUAUGUAUUCCUGGAAUGUUGCCCUCUGCAUGUGUUACAAGAAGUACCCAGCUAUAUUUACAGAUCUGCAUAAGAUGAAUGGUAAUAGCAUUGAUGAUUAACAAUAUUAACUAACUUAAGUAUGAUCUGUAUUGACCGCAUGUAUUGUCUUGUGGUUUGCUCUGCACAGUUGUUCCUGUUUUUAGGUGUGGUCUUCGUCGCCCUGGGCACCACUGGAAUAAGCUUACAGUGGAAAAAAGAGUGGCACACUGUUCUUCUGUCACUACAGGUAUAGUAGGGCCAAAGUAUUGCACCAUGGAACCGUCUUUUAGGUGUGUGUGUGUAUCUGUGUGUGUGUGUGUGUGUGUGUGUGUGUGUGUGUGUGUGUGUGUGUGUGUGUGUGUGUGUGCGUGCGCGGCGCGGCGCGUUGGUGAGAAUGUUAGAGCUAUAGUGAGAUGUGUAGCAGGUUUGUGUGUUUUGGGUCAGAGCUUUAGCAUGUGACAUUGAUCUCCCUCAGGCCACGGCUCCAUUCCUACAGAUGGGAGGGGUUGGAGCCCUGACCCUGGUAAGCUGCCUAGUGUUCCAGGGCUUCCAUAGGGCCCGCAGAAUAGGUUGGUGCGGAUACUGAACACUUCCAAUACAAAUACACAAACACUCACCAUGACAUCAAUAAAAUGAGACAUAUUGUAGCCGACACACCCAUAUACAGGUGUAUUACUUCAAUAUUGACAGAAUAGAAUUGAGUUCUGUGAAAACAGGGCGGUACUUAAGAUCGUCUGCUAAUUGACUAAAACGUAAAUGUAAUGUAAAAUGAAUGAUUAUACACACCAGCUGUAUGAACUAAUUCACUUGACUAAAUGCAGCAUCUUCUUUCCUUGCCUUUCUGUAUUCACAACAAUAGUUAAAGUAUGACUGUUUCAUUUGUUAACCUGUUAACUAUGUGUGCCCCCAGCCUCUAAGAUCAUCAUCAUGGUAGUAUUUGCUGGCGUGUCAGUGGCAAUCUUCUUCAGCCCCCUCCUCAUCCAAUCCCCUUGUCUGGUAGAGAAGAAACAGCUGCCCCCUAAACCUGCCCUCAUUGGUCAUCGCGGAGCACCAAUGGUGAGGAAGUGCAUACUGCUCAGUCUAUUUCUCAUACCCUACAUUGGUUCUAUGGCCUCAAUAUUAAAAGUCUAAGCUGGAAAACACUAAGUACCUAAAGGUGAUAGGCUACCUUAGUCAUACAGUGGAUAAGGCUUAAUUACAUAGCUAUAAGACCAUCAUCCAAAAAUGGCUUAUGUGUUACCCUUUUACUGUUGACAUAAAUUUCAUAAUCAUCCUUAUGAUUCAGUAGGCAAAUUGACAAAUCAUCAUAUAGUGUAUAUACAGUAUAACCAAAUGACUUUAGGAUUAGUGUUAGUUUACAUUGCACUGAGCACAUAUCCCUAUUUCCAUCACUUUCCAUUGAACCAGAGGGCUUAAAUUCAAUGUUCCCUCUAAACUGCGUGCAGAAGAAAUAUGAGCCCGCACAGAGAAGCACGAGAUUGAACUUCAGUCAACUUUCUACAGUUUUCCUGUUAGUUAACACUAUCAACGUUUCGCUCUACUGUGGGAAUUGUGAUCGAAUCAACCCAACAUUAGCCACAUUCAAUUGUAAUAUACCGAAACAAAACGAACUAUGCAAGAUUUAGUAUGCAAAACUAACUGUGCAAGAGAUUUUCUUGUAGACAGACCACAUUGGAUUAGGAUUCUGUUUCAUUGACAGGCUUGACUCAGGCCCGUACACAGACCGGUGCGCCAUAACCAAUCAAAGCUGCAGUAGGCCUAUAUGCAAAUAACCAUUGCCAUAUAUGGAUCUGUGCCAUUCAGUUUGAACUGGACUGUUGUUUACAAGCUGACUAGACCGGGCGCGCAUGUUGAUUUUGUCCACCCACACCAGACGCGACCAGGACACGCAGGUUGAAAUAUCAAGACGAACUCUGAACCAACUAUAUUAAUUUGGGGACAGGUUGAAAAGAAUUAAACAUUUAUGGCAAUUUAGCUAGCUAGCUUGCUGUUGCUAGCUAAUUUGUCCUGGGAUAUAAACAUUGGGUUGUUAUUUUACCUGAAAUGCACAAGGUCCUCUACUCCGUCAAUUAAUCCACAGAUAAAAGGGUAAACCGAGUUUGUUUCUAGUAAUCUCUCCUCCUUCAGGCUUCUUCUUCUUCGAUCAGGUUUAACGGCGGUUGGCAUCCAAUAUGUAUAUAUACAGUUGAAGUCGGAAGUUUACAUACACCUUAGCCAAAUUCAUUUAAACUCAGUUUUUCACAAUUCCUGACAUUUAAUCCUAGUAAAAACUCCCUGUCUUAGGUCAGUUAGGAUCACCACUUUAUUUUAAGAAUGUGAAAUGUCAGAAUAAUAGUAGAGAGAAUUAUUUAUUUCAGCUUUUAUUUCUUUCAUCACAUUCCCAGUGGGUCAGAAGUUUACAUACACUCAUUAGUAUUUGGUAGCAUUGCCUUUAAAUUGUUUAACGUGGGUCAAACGUUUCGGGUAGCCUUCCACAAGCUUCCCACAAUAAGUUGGGUGAAUUUUGGCCCAUUCCUCCUGACAGAGCUGGUGUAACUGAGUCAGGUUUGUAGGCCUCCUUGCUCGCACACGCCUUUUCAGUUCUGCCCACAAAUUUUCUAUAGGAUUGAGGUCAGGGCUUUGUGAUGGCCACUCCAAUACCUUUACUUUGUUGUCCUUAAGCUUUUUUGCCACAACUUUGGAAGUAUGCUUGGGGUCAUUGUCCAUUUGGAAGACCCAUUUGCGACCAAGCUUUAACUUCCUGACUGAUGUCUUGAGAUGUUGCUUUAAUGUGUCCACAUAAUUUUCCUUCCUCAUGAUGCCAUCUAUUUUGUGAAGUGCACCAGUCCCUCCUGCAGCAAAGCACCCCCACAGCAUGAUGCUGCCACCCCGGUGCUUCACAGUUGGGAUGGUGCUCUUCGGCUUGCAAGCCUACCUCUUUUUCCUCCAAACAUAACGAUGGUCAUUAUGGCCAAACAGUUCUAUUUCUAUUUCAUCAGACGAGAGGACAUUUCUCCAAAAAGUACGAUCUUUGUCCCCAUGUGCAGUUGCAAACCGUAGUCUGGCUUUUUUAUGGCGGUUUUGGAGCAGUGGCUUCUUCCUUGCUGAGCGGCCUUUCAAGUUAUGUCGAUAUAGGACUUGUUUUACUGUGGAUAUAGAUACUUUUGUACCUGUUUCCUCCAGCAUCUUCACAAGGUCCUUUGCUGUUGUUCUGGCAUUGAUUUGCACUUUUCGCACCAAAGUACAUUCAUCUCUAGGAGACAGAACGCGUCUCCUUCCUGAGCGGUAUGACGGCUGCAUGGUCCCAUGGUGUUUAUACUUGCGUACUAUUGUUUGUACAGAUGAAUGUGGUACCUUCAGGCGUUUGGAAAUUGCUCUCAAGGAUGAACCAGACUUGUGGAGGUCUAAAAUUUUUCUUCUGAGGUCUUGGCUGAUUUAUUUUGAUUUUCCCAUGAUGUCAAGCAAAGAGGCACUGAGUUUGAAGGUAGGCCUUGAAAUACAUCCAUAGGUACACCUCCAGUUGACUCAAAUGAUGUCAAUUAGCCUAUCAGAAGCUUCUAAAGCAUGACAUAAUUUUUCGGAAUUUUCCAAGCUGUUUAAAGGCACAGUCAACUUAGUGUAUGUAAACUUCUGACCCACUGGAAUUGUGAUACAGUGAAUUAAAAGUGAAAUAAUCUUUCUGUAAACAAUUGUUGGAAAAAUUACUUGUGUCAUGCACAAAGUAGAUGUCCUAACCGACUUGCCAAAACUAUAGUUUGUUAAAAAUAAAUUUGUGGAGUGGUUGGAAAACGAGUUUUAAUGACUCCAACCUAAGUAUAUGUAAACUUCCGACUUCAACUGUACAUACACAUACAUAUACACAUACAUACAUAUACAUACAUAUCCUUUUUUAAAUAUAUUUCCCUUUAUUACUUUCCAACCCCGCCACGCCUUCCCUAAUUGGAGUAAACUAGUGAACAACAACGCUUAGGCCUCUUACUUCCAGCUUAUACAAACUAUAUACAUCUAUAUACAUUUUACAUCUAUUUUGUUCGUUUUUACUGCAGAACUUCCUCUACCCUCAACCUCGCCGAUCAUUUUCAUCCAAUAUGUUGCAUUACCGCCACCUACUAGACUGGAGUACAACUCCUUUAUAUUAUGCUUUAAAAAUAAAAAAUAAAAAAUAAAAUAAAGAAAUACCCUACCAUCUAACACUACACUCACAAAUUCAAUUUUUUUUAUCAUAAAAUAAAAUUAACACCACCCUACUCCACUAUUUAAAUAUAUGUAUUCCUACUUAUUACUACCUCAUGCCCUCAACCUGAAAGGAUGGGACAUCCCUGCAGUACAAUUGAUAACUAUUGUUAUAAAUGCUAAAAAUCCAAUCUUACUGAAACAUAUAUCCCUUGUUGGCCUAUCCCUCUGUACUGGUACAUAUCUCCUACUCUCACCACUCCUCCCCCUUGACCCAUAUUCCUCUACUUUCUUCACUGCCUCAGCAUAUGACAACUUCUGCACUACUCUUACCCUGGAAACCUCAACCUAACUCUCUCUAACAUUUCUGAUCCUCAGCCCCAUGGGCACCCCUACAAUUAGCACACACGACUACUUUCCCCAAUGCUACACAUUCCUUUGUCUCAUGCCCUUCUGCACACUUCUCACACCUUGGAACCUCCCUCCUACACACUGCUGCCACAUACCCAUAAGUUUGACACCUGUAACAACGUAAUGUAUUCGGCACAUAAACUUGUACAGGAUAACUUAUACAGUGGGGAGAACAAGUAAUUGAUACACUGCUGAUUUUGCAGGUUUUCCUACUUACAAAGCAUGUAGAGGUCUGUAAUUUUUAUCAUAGGUACACUUCAACUGUGAGAGACGGAAUCUAAAACAAAAAUCCACAAAAUCACAUUGUAUGAUUUUUAAGUAAUUAAUUUGCAUUUUAUUGCAUGACAUAAGUAUUUGAUCACCUACCAACCAGUAAGAAUUCCGGCUCUCACAGAUCUGUUCGUUUUUCUUUAAGAAGCCCUCCUGUUCUCCACUCAUUACCUGUAUUAACGGCACCUGUUUGAACUCGUUACCUGUAUAAAAGACACCUGUCCACACACUCAAUCAAACAGACUCCAACCUCUCCACAAUGGCCAAGACCAGAGAGAUAUGUAAGGACAUCAGGGAUAAAACUGUAGACCUGCACAAGGCUGGGAUGGGCUACAGGACAAUAGGCAAGCAGCUUGGUGAGAAGGCAACAACUGUAGGUACAAUUGUUAGAAAAUGGAAGAAGUUCAAGAUGACGGUCAAUCACCCUCGGUCUGGGGAUCUCACCUCGCGGGGCAUCAUGAUCAUGAGGAAGGUGAGGGAUCAGCCCAGAACUACACGGCAGGACCUGGUCAAUGACCUGAAGAGAGCUGGGACCACAGUCUCAAAGAAAACCAUUAGUAACACACUACGCCGUCAUGGAUUAAAAUCCUGCAGCGCACGCAAGGUCCCCCUGCUCAAGCCAGCGCAUGUCCUGGCCCGUCUGAAGUUUGCCAAUGACCAUCUGGAUGAUCCAGAGGAGGAAUGGGAGAAGGUCUUGUGGUCUGAUGAGACAAAAAUAGAGCUUUUUGGUCUAAACUCCACUCGCCGUGUUUGGAGGAAGAAGAAGGAUGAGUACAACCCCAAGAACACCAUCACAACCGUGAAGCAUGGAGGUGGAAACAUCAUUCUUUGGGGAUGCUUUUCUGCAAAGGGGACAGGACGACUACACCAUAUUGAGGGGAGGAUGGAUGGGGCCAUGUAUCGCGAGAUCUUGGCCAACAACCUCUUUCCCUCAGUAAGAGCAUUGAAGAUGGGUCGUGGCUGGGUCUUCCAGCAUGACAACGACCUGAAACACACAGCCAGGGCAACUAAGCAGUGGCUUCGUAAGAAGCAUCUCAUGGUCCUGGAGUGGCCUAGCCAGUCUCCAGACCUGAACCCAAUAGAGGGAGCUGAAAGUCCGUAUUGCCCAGCGACAGCCCCGAAACCUGAAGGAUCUGGAGAAGGUCUGUAUGGAGGAGUGGGCCAAAAUCCCUGCUGCAGUGUGUGCAAACCUGGUCAAGACCUACAGGAAACGUAUGAUCUCUGUAAUUGCAAACAAAGGUUUCUGUACCAAAUAUUAAGUUCUGCUUUUCUGAUGUAUCAAAUACUUAUGUCAUCCAAUAAAAUGCAAAUGAAUUACUUAAAAAUCAUACAAUGUGAUUUUCUGGAUUUUUGUUUUAGAUUCCGUCUCUCACAGUUGAAGUGUACCUAUGAUAAAAAUUACAGACCUCUACAUGCUUUGUAAGUAAGAAAACCUGCAAAAUCGGCAGUGUAUCAAAUACUUCUCCCCACUGUAUAUCCUAACUUCACUUUGUCGGGCAAAAACACAGACAAUGACUCUUCUAUUUCCCCACUCUCGCCACCCUGUUUGCGUCUCACUAAAUGACGAGCAUCAGAAACACUGGGAAUCUUCCCCUUCAGUUGUUCAACUUUUACAUUUACUGCUACCCCAGUAAACACUCCUUUAAAUGGUGCCCUUUUCUUGAGAGCAAAACAAUUAACAUUUCUUGCCCCCAUUCGUUUAACACAGAGCGCCUUCUCCCUCUGACCAGCAGAAACACAAACAAUUAUCACUAGACCACUUCUGGUUACCCACACCAAUUCCACUGUACCCAACUCUGUUUUCACCCACCCUGAAACCACAAAUGGAUCAGCCAAAAGUCAAGGGUCCACUUUUUCCUAAAACUUCACUCCUACUGUCACAGACUAAUCUUUAUCCUGACCCUCGUUGCAAGUCUUGGGCUCUGAGAACUUCACCACACCUACCACUUCCGAUACUUCACCCUCAUUCACUUCCAUUUCUCCUCGUGUCUUUAGCUCACUCUGCUUACAUUUUCUACCAUUCUUCUUUAACAAACUUUCUCCCUUUUUUUAACCGAUUCAAGCUCACAAUCUUCCUCCCUCUCUUUCUUAGACCUCCUCUGCCUCUCUUUUCCCUCCAUUCCUCCGUAUUCCAGGUCUCCUUAUGAUAAUACUGCACUUCUCCUGACAUACAUCUUGUUCUUGCUUUCUCAAGGUACGCCAUUUACAAGGCUCUCCAACUGAAUCUUUGUCUAAAAUUACUUCCACCGUACUCCUGGUUCGCAACAGGGGACUCUGGCAUUGCUGCCUAUCUCUCAAUUUUCUUAUCUCGUUCUUGGCUACCCCGUUCGAAAAGUUCCUCCUUCAGGCUUCUUCUUCUUCUUUGAACUUUAUAUGGCGGUUGGCAACCAACUUUAAUGUGCAUUACCACCACCAACUGGCCUGGAGUGUGGACCUCAGUUUAUCUUUCAAUCCCCCACGUGGGUAUAUGCUCCUAAACCAAUGAGGAGAUGGGAGAAGUGGGACUUGUAGCACAUCAAGCGUCACAACUUGAAUCAAGUUCUAUUUUAGCACCUGGCUACGCAGAUGUUUGUUGACGCACGCGAGCGGUGUGGUGCAAUGAUUGAAUAACAUGUACAGUGGGGAAAAAAAGUAUUUAGUCAGCCACCAAUUGUGCAAGUUCUCCCACUUAAAAAGAUGAGAGAGGCCUGUAAUUUUCAUCAUAGGUACACGUCAACUAUGACAGACAAAAUGAGAAAAGAAAUUCCAGAAAAUCACAUUGUAGGAUAUUUAAUGAAUUUAUUUGCAAAUUAUGGUGGAAAAUAAGUAUUUGGUCAAUAACAAAAGUUUCUCAAUACUUUGUUUUAUACCCUUUGUUGGCAAUGACACAGGUCAAACGUUUUCUGUAAGUCUUCACAAGGUUUUUACACACUGUUGCUGGUAUUUUGGCCCAUUCCUCCAUGCAGAUCUCCUCUAGAGCAGUGAUGUUUUGGGGCUGUUGCUGGGCAACACGGACUUUCAACUCCCUCCAAAGAUUUUCUAUGGGGUUGAGAUCUGGAGACUGGCUAGGCCACUCCAGGACCUUGAAAUGCUUCUUACGAAGCCACUCCUUCGUUGCCCGGGGUGUAUGUUUGGGAUCAUUGUCAUGCUGAAAGACCCAGCCACGUUUCAUCUUCAAUGCCCUUGCUGAUGGAAGGAGGUUUUCACUCAAAAUCUCAAGAUACAUGGCCCCAUUCAUUCUUUCCUUUACACGGAUCAGUCGUCCUGGUCCCUUUGCAGAAAAACAGCCCCAAAGCAUGAUGUUUCCACCCCCAUGCGUCACAGUAGGUAUGGUGUUCUUUGGAUGCAACUCAGCAUUCUUUGUCCUGCAAACACGACGAGUUGAGUUUUUACCAAAAAGUUAUAUUUUGGUUUCAUCUGACCAUAUGACAUUCUCCCAAUCCUCUUCUGGAUCAUCCAAAUGCACUCUAGCAAACUUCAGACGGGCCUGGACAUGUACUGGCUUAAGCAGGGGUACACGUCUGCCACUGCAGGAUUUGAGUCCCUGGCGGCGUAGUGUGUUACUGAUGGUAGGCUUUGUUACUUUGGUUCCAGCUCUCUGCAGGUCAUUCACUAGGUCCCCCCGUGUGGUUCUGGGAUUUUUGCUCACCGUUCUUGUGAUCAUUUUGACCCCACGGGGUGAGAUCUUUGCGUGGAGCCCCAGAUCGAGGGAGAUUAUCAGUGGUCUUGUAUGUCUUCCAUUUCCUAAUAAUUGCUCCCACAGUUGAUUUCUUCAAACCAAGCUGCUUACCUAUUGCAGAUGCACUCUUCCCAGCCUGGUGCAGGUCUACAAUUUUGUUUCUGGUGUCCUUUGACAGCUCUUUGGUCUUGGCCAUAGUGGAGUUUGGAGUGUGACUGUUUGAGGUUGUGGACAGGUGUCUUUUAUACUGAUAACAAGUUCAAACAGGUGCCAUUAAUACAGGUAACGAGUGGAGGACAGAGGAGCCUCUUAAAGAAGAAGUUACAGGUCUGUGAGAGCCAGAAAUCUUGCUUGUUUGUAGGUGACCAAAUACUUAUUUUCCACCAUAAUUUGCAAAUAAAUUCAUAAAAAAUCCUACAAUGUGAUUUUCUGGAGAAAAAAAAUCUCAAUUUGUCUGUCAUAGUUGACGUGUACCUAUGAUGAAAAUUACAGGCCUCUCUCAUCUAUUUAAUUUAAGUAUGUGUAUAUUUAUUUUGCAACGCACGCGACGGGAGCGGUGUGGUCAGCAUAUUGUUUAGGCUACAGUAUGAGCGGUCGUGAGUAGAUGCGCUUGUUUUGAGAUCAAAGUGAGAGCUGCGUGUAGCCACAUGUGCACAUUUGUUCAUAUUCUUUGUUAGUUAGUGAGUUAUUAGGCCAGUUAUAGCUCAAUUCUAGUCAACAAUGGGGGAGUGGUUGCUUCCAACAAGAGCAAAACAUUUGUGCAUUUCUAGCCAUCUUUGAAAAGCGAGUCAAAGGGUAAAGUUACAGGGGAAGUGUUGUAUUUUGAGACAGUCUUGAAUAAGCUAAGUAGCCAAUAGGCAGAGCGUUGCAUAAUUUGUCUGAUUCUCUGUAAUAAUGGUAAGGGAAUAAUAAUGAUUUUUAUUUUGUAAAAUGGUUUCUUGCAUCAAACACAACAUAUUCAGUCACCUGCUUGUCUGAAGGACAAGUGGAUAAACAGGAUAAUGUCAAGCCCUGCAUGUUUUUUUGUUCAAACGUUUCAUGGAAUGUAGGCAUUGUACACAACACAUUGGCUGCUACUGUAGGCUGAAUGAUAGAACAGCUAUUUCCAUGUUAAAAUGUUAUCUGAUGUGUUUUUCUCAAUUGUUUUUGAUGGUAGGCCGCUCUGGUAGGCCAACAUUAUGAUCAAAUAGCCACAGUAGCCACUGUUAAAACUGUAACUUAAAGUGGGUACAACCACAGUGUUCACAGUAAAGAGCACCGGAAGUUGCACAUAAUUUGCAUAACGUUCAAGUUUGCGUUCAGCAAAUUUGCUCAGUGCUGCAUUUUUUUUAGGGAAUAUUGUUCACGUGGCAUGUUGCCCCCAUUACAUUGCUCCACUCUUCUCCACUAUCGCCACCGUGGGCCCACUCAGUUUAGCUGUGUCAUAUGUGUAUUUAGCACAGGAGUGUUUCUCACCCAUCUGUCCUCUCUCUGUGUUCAGCUAACCCCAGAGAACACCCUGAUGUCGUUCAGGAGGAGUGUUGGGUGCGACGUGAUUGCCUUCGAGACGGACGUGCAGCUCAGGUACCCAGGGGACAUGGGCUGCUUCAUGCAUACAUAGAUGUUGCAGAGUUGUGAAGGAUCAAACGUGCACUGCUGUUUUAAAUUGUUUUCAGUUUAAUAAUAAUAACAUGUGGGAUUUAUAUAGCGCUUUUCAAAGAUGCAGUUUAUUGACGUUUCUUUCUCCCCCAGUAAGGACAGAGUUCCUUACCUGAUGCACGACCAUGGCAGCCAUUUCCUGAGGAGGACUACAGAUGUUCUACAGAAGUUCCCUGGGAAAGACUUCAACAACAGCACAAACCUCACCUGGGAGGAGCUACAGGAAUUAAAUGCUGGUGAUUGGUUCCUAAAGGUAAGGGUGAUAUCCAAUUUCACAAGCCUCCCUUGUAUGUUGUAGUUGGAAAUAAUUUCAGAAGGUUUACUUGAAAAUUCCUUAUAUACUGUAGAUCCUUUACAUUUUUAUUACAAUUUGAACUAUACCAACUCAUUGACAUAAUGACAUCCAUACUAUGGAUGUCUCCCUUUCAGACAGAUCCGUUCCGCUCAGUCUCCCAGCUCUCAGAGCAGGAGAAGAAGACAGCUGGGAACCAGAGUAUUCCCUCCCUUCUGCAGCUGCUGGACCUAGCCAAGACUCAUAACACCUCUGUCAUCUUUGACCUCAAGAAUGACGACAACAAUGACACUAUCGACACUGUGAACACCAUCCUCAAAUCUGGCAUCCCCCAAGACCUGGUGAGUAGAAUGUCUAUCAGUAUCACCACUUCAUCAUUCCUGUUCUGUGUAGUUAAAGUCUUAUUACAGUUGUAUGACAGUGUUUUCUGUUGUUUCUCUCUCUAGAUCCUCUGGCUUCCCCCCAAACACAGGGUGGAUGUGAGGGAGGUCGCACCAGGGUUCAUACAGGUCUACAACAAUGUGUCUGAUAUGGAUCUUGACAGAGGAGACCAUCUGAAUGUCAAAUACAGUGCGUUGAGUGCCACAGAGGUCCGGUGAGUAGCCUACCUCAAAGCGCCCACGCUUUUCUCAGAGCUGUAGCCAAAUAAACCUUCAUUCCAGAACCACAUUCUAUGGUACCUGUGCUGACUGACUGCUGCAGGGCACAUAGUAGUGUCAUAAUGAAAAGUGUUGAUGUUGGUGUGCUGAGACAAAGAACUGGCGUUGUUGUAGAUGGAGACACACACUGCCUCAGGGGAGAAUGAGAGUCAAAUCAUGUUUUCACCCAGGUGUGUUUUUUAAUGGCUGAGAGCCCAGUAGUGAAACUUCCUCAUGGGAUGAUAGUUUCUGUUGGUUUAGUGAAACGAACAGCUCCAAAGAUAAUGGGAAAUGUUGUCUGAACAAAACAUGAUGUGUGCUUUAAUAGUAUGACAUCUUAUGAUUGAUCACUCCUGUCUGUAGUCUUUGAGAAGUGUCAUGUUUGCUGAAGUAGCUCUGCGUAAGCUGAGCUCUUUCAACUAAUCUUUGAAUUACCUACUGAAUUUGUGUUUUUGUGUGUUUCUGUGUGCCAGGGAGCUUCGGAGCAGGAAUGUGUCGGUGAACCUGUGGGUGGUGAAUGAACCAUGGCUCUUCUCUCUGCUGUGGUGCUCGGGGGCCAGCUCUGUGACCACCAACGCCUGCUCCCUCCUAAAGGACAUGUCCCAGCCUGACUGGACAAUGGUGAGGGACUCACAUCAAACCCCUCUUCUUCACUCUACCAUAGGCACUCCCUCUUCAAAAGUCAACCCGAUCACCCCACCCUGACAUUGUAAUUCUCACAAAGUCAAUGUUGUGUUUGAACAUUAGCUAGCAUAUAUUAUGAUAUCCAUGUGUAGCAUUGACCUUGACACUUAUAAAUGUGUUUUUAACCUUGUGCGCAAUCUAUGGGUCAUAUGAAUGUACCUACUAGGUUUGUGUGUGUUUCAGAGACCUGAUAGAUACAGAAUGAUAUGGAUCACAGUGGACCUGGGGUCAUUGCUCAUAAUGUUCGCACUGUUCAUCUUACAGAGGUGAGUAGAGCACUACCAUUGUUUGUAAAAGACAAUGGAAACAAUGUUUGUAAUUUGAUUACUUGAUUUGUUUCACUUUACUCUUAUUCUUUGGAAAAAGGUGUUGUCCCAGUCAUGCCACAGGUGGGUUUUGUUAGUAGACAUUGCAAUUGAUCAAUAUAAUCAAUAUGGAUAAAUUCAAAUUGAUUGCCCUUAUUUUAGCAAUGUUUACAGUAAUUACGUACGGUACCAAUUACUAAGAUAAUUGCUAUAUAUGUAUUUUAUAUUAUGAAUCUUUAAGAUUGCUAUAGUUAACUUUGAUAUGAGAAUGAUAAAUAAGGAUUAUGUCAUGCUCUCUUACCGUAAUACAUGUCAUCCUUGUCAUGAUGGUUUCAAUCAUUUCAUCUGUAGUGUAGUGGUAGCAUUAAUGACAUGCAAAGAAAACAACUGCUUUAUUUGUUCUUACAAUCACAUAAACUAGGAUACAUGUACAAGGGCAUCAUAUAAAGACAGUAUACAGAUGAUGAAAUGGAAUAAUGUUUUUGUGUCUGAUUAUCUCUGCAGGGAAAGAGAAGCAAAGAAAAUGAUUUUCCGCCUGGAAUCAGAGAGAACUGUCCCCCUUCUUACCCUCUGAAUAGUUGGAGUUAAGCCUGGAACAGAACAGCCUGGAUCCAGAAAUCCUCCCCCUUAAUAAUAUACUAUCUGAAUGGUUAAGCCUUGAAUCAGGAGGGAAUUCGACUCAUUUAAAUUACAGUAUUUAAAAAUAUGUGUGGAUCACAUACAGUACCAGUCAAAGGUUUGGACAUACCUACUCAUUCAAUGGUUUUUCUUUAUUUUUACUAUUUUCUACAUUGUAGAAUAAUAGUGAAGACAUCAAAACUAUGAAAUAACACAUAUGGAAUCAUGUAGUAACCAAAAAAGUGUUAAACAAAUGAAAAUAUAUUUUAGAUUUUAGAUUCUUCAAAGUAGCCACCCUUUGCCUGGAUGACAGCUUUGCACACUCUUGGCAUUCUCUCAACCAGCUUCACCUGGAAUGCUUUUCCAACAGUCUUGAAGGAGUUCCCACAUAUGCUCAGCACUUGUUGACUGCUUUUCCGUCACUCUGCGGUCCAACUCAUCCCAAACCAUCUCAAUUGGGUUGAGGUUGUGUGAUUGUGGAGGCCAGGUCAUCUGAUGCAGCACUCCAUCACUCUCCUUCUUGGUCAAAUAGCCCUUACUCAGCCUGGAGGUGUGUUGGGUCAUUGUCCUGUUGAAAAACAAAUGAUAGUCCCACUAAGCGCAAACCAGAUGGGAUGGCGUAUCGCUACAGAAUGCUGUGGUAGCCAUGCUGGUUAAGUGUUACCAGCAAAGCACCCCCACACCAUCACACCUCCUCCUCCAUGUUUCACGGUGGGAACCAUACAUGCAGAGAUUAUUCACCUACUCUGCGUCUCACGAAGACACGGCGGUUGGAACAAAAAAUCUAAAAUUUGGACUAACAGACCAAAGAACAGAUUUCCACCUGUCUAAUGUCCAUUGCUUGUGUUUCUUGGCCUAAGCAAGUCUCUUCUUAUUAGUAGUGGUUUCUUUGCAGCAAUUCGACCACGAAGGCCCGAUUCACGCAGUCUCCUCUGAAUAGUUGAUGUUGAGAUGUGUCUGUUACUUGAACUCUGUGAAGCAUUUAUUUGGGCUGCAAUUUCUGAGGCUGGUAACUCUAAUGAACUUAUCCUCUGCAGCAGAGGUAACUCUGGGUCUUCCUUUCCUGUGGCAGUCAUCAGGAGAGCCAGUUUCAUCAUAGCGCUUGAUGGUUUUUGCAACUGCACUUGAAGAAACGUUCAAAGUUCUUGACAUUUUCGGGAUUGACUGACCUUCAUGUCUUAAAGUAAUUAAGGACUGGCGUUUCUUUUUGCUUAUUUGAGAUGUUCUUGCCAUAAUACGGACUUGGUCUUUUACCAAAUAGGGCUAUCUUCUGUAUUUCACCCCUACCUUGUCACAACACAACUGAUUGGCUCAAAUGCAUUAAGAAGGAAAUAAAUUCCACAAAUUAACUUUUAACAAGGCACACCUGUUAAUUUAGAUGCAUUCCAGGUGACUACCUCAUGAAGCUGGUUGAGAGAAUGUGCAAAGCCGUCAUCAAGGCAAAGGGUGGCUACUUUGAAGAAUCUCAAAUAUAAAAUAUAUUUUGAUUUAACACUUUUUUGGUUACUACAUGAUUACAUUUUACAAACAUUUUACAUUCAUCAUGAGAAUUUAUGAACAAAGGUGUAAAUAGUAUAUUCCUAUAGAAAAUAUGUUUGUGUAGCACUUUAUUUGAAAAAAAACAAAAAAAAACAGAACUGGUUCACUCUACACAUAAAGUUCAUUCUUAUUUAGAAACUAUUGGUGUUGCUGAUAAAUGUCAGCACUAUUUCCAGUGCACUUAGGGUUACAUUCUGAAGGGGAGAUUUACCAAAUGAACACAGAUCAUAUCCAGAUUUGACGUGUGUGUAUGUGUUUCUGAAAUAAACGUUUUAUGAUGAGUUAUGUGUCUGUCCAUUCUCCGCAUAAAUAAAAAAAAUGCAGUAACACCUUGUAAUGUGUUAAAUUGCUACAGGUGCUUCUCCUUGGCAAUAUGAAAGUAUCUUCUACAACCACUAGAUGGCAGGUGUAACCAAAUUUGAGUGAGAUGGUCAAAUUUGAAGUGUCAAACUUGAAUAUUUUUGGUUGGCUAUUUGAAAAAGUAUGAAAAAUACGUUAAGGGAAUUGUUUUUCGACGAUAUUGUAGCGAAUUUGGGGGUUAGCUCCAACCGGGACUCAAACCCGAAUCCACCGACUGGAACGCAAAUACCUUAACCGUUUUGCCAAGAGAGACGAACUUUUUGAUGAGGAUGGAGUUAAGGCUGGAACAGUGUUGUGUAAACGUCGCUACAAUAUUGGUGGUGGUAAUGAUGAUGACGAUGGAGACGAUGAUGAUGAAGAUGAUAAUUAUGAUUGAAGUCUAGCAAAAAUACCCCUAAAAACCCCAAAAUAUGUUUUCAUUACGAAUUUUCUGUCUAUAGACCACCAUCCACAUCCCCAUGGGUGGGCUACAGUUAUCACAUAUUUAACCGAGGGUGACCCAUAAACACUUUUUCCAACAAAACUCCCAGACCCGUCUCGUGGCAAUUGGAUUACAGCUGCUGCCGCUACAGGAACAGUUCAGUGUUGUGCGAAUUUGGGAGUGUCUGUUUCGGUGGUAAAUUUGAAAACUGCGGGAUUAACCAAAUUUGGGGGAGAAUAACGGGGUACAACAAUCACCGUAGAAACAUCAACUCUGUUAAAUCUUUCUUCUGGUUUGUUUGAUUACUUUUCGGCUUGCCUCGAAUAGUUGUUCUCAAAAUAUUUUUCUAUACACCAUGGUCCACAAGUAUGGUAAGUGCCUACAUCAUUUUUCGUACGUUUUCAGUUUGUGUACAAGUUUUAA